AUGGACGACGAGCAGCAAGAGCAUGUAGUGGAUGCGAGUCUGCUACUUCCACGGGGUGCUGGAGGUGUUCUGCAAAUCCCGAGUGGAAACUCUUCGAUCUCGCGUCAUCAGCUUAGUUCAUCGGACAACAGCAGCAUCAUGGUGUCUCCAAGCAAGGCCGAACGGAAAAGGAAGAGAAUGAGCGUCUCCAAUUCAACCGGAGAUGGACCCCCCAAGAAGAUCAAGAACGUCGCUGCUGACCAAGGCCCUCUUGAUUUUGGCUCUGUGCCAGCUUCUCGUCGCGAUGUGUCGUUGCAACUCCCAGCGGAGGUGUGGCAGCACAUCUUCUCCUUCCUGCCGCCGCAUACGCUUGGAACCCUGCUGCGGGUCAACAAGUUGUUCAAUCAGUAUCUCGAUCCCGCAUCCCCAUUUACGCUUUCUGCUCCAGCGUUUCGCGUGCCUUCUAUUGUACCUGCGCUUCUCCCAGACGCCAUAUGGCGGGCGUCAAGGUGUCUCUUUUGGCCAAGGAUGCCUACACCCCUCUCGGGGAAAUCUGAACUAGACAUGUGGCGGUUUGCCUGCUCACGGUCUUGCCAAAUAUGUGGCCAGAUAGAUGAGACAAAUGUCGCUUGGGAUUCCUUGCCAUGGCGGCGUGGGCCUGGUAACAACACUGUUUCGCCGAUAUUUGUUUUCUUCGUCAACUCUUGUGGGAAAUGUUUGGCUGAGACAAGCGUCAAAGAAGUUGAUGUGCUGUUGUCAACAUCCACACCUUCAGUUCUUAUUCCCGGACUUCCUAUGGCCUUCUUGACUGCUGAUCUCAACGUAGUCUAUACACAGUCGAUAAAAACUACCCAAGUGCCUACUUCUGUUCCGCUAACGAGGAUAUACUGGCCCACCCAAGUGGAGAGUCUUCGAUUAGAAUUUGAAGAUGUCAAGCGAUUUGGUCCUGCAGCAGCUGAAGAAUGGAUAAAGGGUCUAGAGGCUCGUGGCGCAGACGCUAUUCACAAAGCAUCACGAUGGGAGAAGUGGUAUUUGGCUGGAGGAGUCAGCCAGAUGCUCAUCCGUUGCUCUUCAACUCCGCCACAGCCCACUACCCGUGGCGAGCUCAAAAUCAUGAAAAGAGCAGAGGGGAAAAAUGCGUUAGCUGCCAAGGCUUCUGAGAAGCAUCAGGCCAACAGUACAGCCAAGAAAGGCACAGAGACUGCGCUUCAAGACGAGCAUGAUGCUGAAACACUUGUAAAGAUUCGCAUCUCAGCCCUCGCGGACCAGUUUAUCGGCGAUCAUUUGAGCGAAGGCCAAAGUAUUGAGCAGGAAGGUCAUGCUCAAUUCAUCAUCGGAGUGAUGGCCUAUGUUCGCAAACAGUACUAUGCGGAGUUUUCGAAAAUCGAUAGCACUUCUUCGGCGCCAAAGCUAACUUUGGGCGAUAUGGUGUGGAUAUUUGAUCACAAAGUUAAGCAAAUACUUGCAGAUACUGAUCAGGACCUUUUUUCUUGCAGAAAAUGCCUAAAUUCCAAAAAACGAUUUGGAUUCAGCGCUUUUAUCCAUCACUACCUUUCGAAGCACGCUCUGAAGCAUGGCCCGAAGCCUGGGAAGGAAGGGAAGAAGUUGCGUAACCGUUUGAGAAUUGAUUGGCCCGAGGAGUUUCCAUUUGAAUCGUCUCCGAUUCAGCAAGUGUCUACUGUUGACUCCAAGCCGCUUUCUUCUCAGACUACGGAGGUGGACGAUGCAUACAAGCCGAGAAUCGAUGCCAUGGCAAAAGCUAUAACAAGUGUGUGGAAGAUCAUGAAAUACGUCAAACACAUAUCCUUCUCGGCCAAACUUCUUGUCUCAAUCUACCACGUCGCUAAAGAAUUUCAAGAAGAUGAUCCGGAACUUGUACCACUCGAUACAUUCGUGGACGUCUUGAAUCACUUCAAGUCUUCUCCUAACCUUGCCACCUACCAUGGCUUAGCAUGCAAGAUUUGCAUGCUGUCGCAGACGCGAGAGGAAGACGAUAAGUGUUUAUUCACGCUUCCUGGCUUAGCCAAGCACUUCCAUGUCGUCCAUGAGAAAGGGGGGGUUCCGCUGACGGAUUGGCGUGUCGAUUUGAUCUGGUUGCCGGACAUGCAGAUGUUCCAAGACCUACGAACAAAAGUUUGGGAGAGCAAACGCGCUUUUAAACUAACCUCAGAAGCUUUGCCAUGGCUAUUUGAAAGUGAGGGGGAGACAAGCCAAGGUGGCCCCUGUUCAACCCUGCCAAACGCUCUCACCAAAGGCUUGGAGGCAGCGGAUGCAGCUUCUAAUCAGAUAAUCCAUCGGCCUGAUGAGGGAUUACACGGAGAUGUACCCAAACUUUUGUCAGCCAGUGUUGUCUACGUCAGAUCAGACACAAUUCAAGAGCAAGCAAGAUAUGAUACUGUUGUCGCUCGGGCGGCGAGCAUUAAUGAGAGAAUGCCUCAAGUCUACGAAACGUUUGAUAGAAUAAGAGCACAACGCACGAUCACCGAGGGCAGCUCAGUUUGGGGAUCGUCUCGCACUAACUCACAGACUUUCAGCCCCAGAGAAGGUGGGCCAGAGCCAGGAAGACAUUUGAGCUCUUUCCACCCACAUAAUGAGUACGACCCUCAAGUGGCAGAAGAGCCAAACGAAUAUCCAUACUAUCCGGAUAUGGAGAUUCGAGGAGCGCACAGCCACAUAGAAGCUGGAAACGGACUUGAUGGCAGCUACUAUAUUCCCAGUGGCCACCGGCAGCCGAUUCCUUCCGCACGUCUCUACCACUAUGGUGAUUCUGUUUCAUCAUAUGACAGACAUGGUAGUGUUGACGCACGACAUGUGUCGAACGGCUAUUAUACUCAACAUCCAGCUAUGAUGCGAGAGUACAGAAUUUUUCCAACUGCAGAACGUUUCGAUUAUACCAAUUUAGAACCGCAUAGAAGUACUGCCCCACAACGAGCAUAUGAUUCUUAUGCCUCACGAUAUGCAUUAGCCAAUAGAAGGCCAGGAGUUUGA